AGAGCGCGGACACGCCCCCUCCCCUCUCCUCCCUCCCCAGUCGUAGCCCGGCGGGGCCGCUUGGUCACGUGGCGGGGGGGUGGUGAAUCCCCGCCAUGGGGUGGCGGCUGCUGUGGCUGCUGUGCGCCGGGGGCGCCGCCUGGAGCAAGACGCUGCGGGGCGGCUUCGUCAGCUCCGCCGCCCGGCUGGAGCCUUGGCGGCCCGUGGCGCGCUUCCAAUUCCGCGGUGACCAUGCUGUUCUGUGUGUCCGAAUCACCAAUGUAGCAGCAGCUGUGACAAAAGAAGCCAGACUUCACCUGUUUCAAGCACAGGAGUGGGAGAAGCUACAGAAUCACAUCCAGGAUCACAGCUGUACAGAGAAAUUCUCUAAAGCUCAACUGACAAUGACUGUGAACCACACAGAGCAAAAUCUGACAGUGUCCCAGAUUCCUUACCCGGAAACAUGGUAUGUGUUUUAUGUAGACAAGUUUACCUGCGAGGAGAAUUAUUCUGAAUCCGAGGAUAUUCAGUUUGAAAUGGUCUUACUAAAUCCAGAUGCAGAAGGGAAUCCAUUAGAUCACUUUAGCGCAGGGGAGUCUGGAUUACAUGAAUUCUAUUUCCUGCUUGUCCUAGCAUACUUUGUAACUGCUUGCAUAUAUGCACAGUCUUUAUGGCAGACAAUUAAGAAGCACGGACCAAUGCAUACUGUAUUAAAAGUGCUCUCAAUUGCAUUAUUGUUGCAGGCUGGUUCAGCUUUUGCCAACUACUUGCAUUUCUCAAGUUAUUCCAAGGAUGGAAUAGGAGCACCUUUUAUGGGAAGUCUGGCUGAAUUGUGUGACAUAGUCUCUCAGAUACAAAUGCUUUAUUUGCUCUUGAGUCUAUGUAUGGGUUGGACAAUAGGCAGAAUGAAGAAAUCUCAUAGCAGACCUCUUCAAUGGGAUUCCACUCCAACAUCUACUGGCAUUGCUGUAGUAGUUGUUGUUACACAGACCUUUUUAUUAAUUUGGGAACAGUUUGAAGAUACUAAUCAUCACAGCUACCAUUCACACCAUGGCUUAGCAAGCGGACUGCUUAUUGGCCUCAGAGUUUGCCUAGGUUUGUCACUGGCUGCUGGUCUUUAUCAGAUCAUCACAGUGGAGAGAAGCACGCUGAAAAGGGAGUUCUAUAUCACCUUUGCUAAAGCCUGCAUUCUCUGGUUUUUGUGCCACCCAUGUCUUGCAACCGUUUCUGUAAUAUUCAGAGAAUAUCAAAGGGAAAAGAUUAUUACCAUAGGCGUUAUCCUCUCUCAGUGCAUCUCCAUGGUUAUCCUCUACAGACUUUUUCUCUCUCAUAGUCUAUAUUGGGAAGUAUCUUCACUGUCAUCAGUGACAUUGCCACUAACAGUAUCCUCUGGACAUAAAAAUCGACAUCGCUUCUGAGAUGUUUAGGAAGAAUAUGUUAUGUUAAAGAAAAAAUGUGCAAUAAUGAUCUAAAUAUGCAGGUAUUUUUGUCACAGGUAUGUGAUGUAUUGGUUUCACUGGAAAACUGGGUGAUAGUAUCAGAGCAUUUCAUGGAACUUUGGUCUGACACGGUCCUUAGGUUAAUCUGUUAAAGUAUUGUUGAGUGGAAAAAUCUGUAAUUUGAGUAAUUUCCUAAAUAUGAUGUGUGUGCAGCACGGGUGCUGAGCCAUAUCACAGGAAAGUGUAAGGAAUCUUUCCUCCCCCAUUCACAGCCACAAAGAAUGUCCUUACUUUAUAUCGAUACUAGGUUGGAAACUCUUAUAAAAUACAGUUCUUAAAAUGUCUGCAAGCUCAAACAAGUCUGAUAUAGGCAAGUUGUGAAAUUGAUGUGAUACCUUAACGAUGAAUACAAGUUUUUUGGGUUGUUUUUUUUUUUUUUUUCAUGCUUUAGGAGAAAGAUGCAUUUCAUGUAUAAGUAUAAAGGAAAUGGAAACAAAAGAGGGAAAGUCCACUAAAGACGUAUAGAAAAUGUUUACAACCAUCUACAGGAAACUUUCCUUUAUCGUUGGUGUGAAAUAAAAGCUUUUUUUUUGCAGUUACUGUUCAUAUUGGUUAGAACUGUGAUAAGGGUGGGAACAGAGUUUGUGUUUUCCUCUUUUGAAGUAAAUAUAACUGAAAAUUUCAACUAGUAGUGAAGAUCUGAACAAUAUUUGAGGCUUAAGAAGAUACAGCAUCAUAAAGGUAAUUAAAACAGCAGGCUCACAUUUAAAAAAAAAAAAAAAAAAAA